AAAGACAAUGAAGGUAUAGGAGGGGUAUAUACAUUAGAGGCAAUUAGCACAAAUGAGACAAUUGUUUCAAUACCUUCAAGUAUUUGCAUCACCGAACAUAUUGCACGUCAAGCAUUGCCAGCUUUCUCAUCUUUGUCUAGUCGUCUUGUUCUAUGUUUGUUUUUAUUGAUUGAAAAACAGAAAGGGCAAAAUUCAUUUUAUUGGCCUUACAUUAAUAUUCUUCCAAAGACAAUCAAAACUUCCCUGUGUUUUGAUGAAAAUGACUUGAAAUAUAUUCAAAAUACUAAUUUAGAAUUCACAACUCGAGAGCGAAAGGCAUAUUUACAUAAAGAAUUUGAAAAAAUUUUAGAGAACUUACCAAGCGAUAUUGAUAAAGAUCAAAUUUCAUGGGAAGAAUUUCUUUGGUGUUAUAAUGUGAUUUCUUCUAGAUCAUUUCCAUCUAGAUUAAUUGACAGCUCUUCUGAAAAAGAGGAAGCAUUAUUUCCUUUGUUAGAUGCAUUUAAUCAUAAGCCAAAUACGAAAAUCACUUGGUCAAGUGACGAAGAUGGUAAAUUUAUAUCUUUUAUAGCAGGACAAAAUAUUGGUAGCCAAGAUCAAGUUUUUAAUAACUAUGGGCCAAAGGCUAGUAUUUGUGUAUUUUAUUUUAUUUCAUUAUAUAUAGUUAAACUAACCAGAUAG